AGUUUUCAACAAACCAAUAUGUCUGCGCCCAUAAGCUUGAUGUGAGUGUCCAAGUGUCAUUGCCGUUCUACAGAACGUAGUGAAUGAUUUAUUGAAUUCCUUGGAUAUUCACUUUGAUACAUUAAUGUGGAAAUGAUAAAUGAAAUCUUUAAGAGAUUUAUUUUAACUAACAACUUUAGAUAUGCAAGGUUUCUGAGGCAAAAGUGUGGUAUCACACCUGCUAGAAACAGUGUCCGAGUUCUGAAGCUGACUACAAGCCUGACUACGUGUGGACAUGUUACCUGUAGCCGGAGGUUUUACAGUGCUAAUGAAUCUUUAUAUGACAAAGACUUGUUAGAAAGGUAUUUAGAAGCAGUUGAACACUCGGUUAAAGAUGCUGAAGUUGAUAAUCAUGGUAGACAAACUUUUUAUGAUAAGAGAAACUCCUUGUUGUCAGUCCACUCUGAAUACAAGAAAGCCGUGGAAGAAGUUCGGGAGCUGAAGUGUUUACGUUCAGGUUUAAGUACAGAUGAAUCAGAAAUGUUAGUUUUGGCAGAGCAGGAGGAGGCUGAAAUUGAAAAAAGGGCAUCUGAUUUGCUGGAACAGUUGAUUGAACUCCUGCUCCCCCAAAGUCUCAGUUACAGUGACAUCACCAUGGAAAUACACAGUGCUGUGGGAGGGAAGGAAUCCAUGCUGUUUGCUUAUGAAGUUUUUGUCAUGUACAGAAAUUUAGCGUACAAUAAUGGUUGGGAUUUCAAUGAUACAGAUUUUAGUUCUGAUGAAAAAGACUGCUUACGAAGAGCCACUGUUUUACUGUCGGGGGACAACAUUUACGAAACAAUGAAGUUCGAAGGUGGUGUUCACAGAGUACAGAGAGUUCCCAAGACAGAAUCCAGUGGAAGAGUGCACACUAGUACCAUCACAGUCUCCAUAAUGCCUCAACCAGAGGAGGUGAAUAUCGCUAUAGACCCGAAGGACAUUAAAAUGGAGACCUUCAGAGCUGGUGGUGCAGGUGGGCAGCAUGUCAACAAAACAGACAGUGCUGUACGACUGACACAUAUACCAACAGGAAUUAAAGCUGAGAGUCAGUCAGAGAGAUCUCAACACAAGAACAAAGCCAACUGCAUAAAGGUUUUAAAAGAACGACUUUACCAAGAAGAGUUUGAUAAACAAUUGAUGGAUAGCCAAAGGUCUCGCAAAAUUCAAGUAGGAACAUCUUCCAGAUCAGAAAAAAUUCGGACUUACAACUUCCUCCAAGACCGAGUGACAGAUCACAGAAUUCAUUAUAGUACAAACAAUGUUCGAGACUUUAUGAAUGGUGGUGAACCAUUACAGAACAUGAUGAAGAUGAUUCAGGAUAGAUCCAAAUACGAAAUUCUAAAUGAAAUACUGCUGACAUUCCAAAAAGAUGGAAAAAUAAGUCAUACACAUGUACAAGAUUGAUAUUAGAUCAGAUUUUAUUGCUCCAUCAAAUAAACAUAUUGAUAACAUUU